GCCACCUGACCUUCCAGGACUGCUUUGUCACCUCGGGGGUCUGGAACGUGACGGAGCUGGUGAGGGUGUCCCAGAACCCUGUCCCCAGAGGUGACACCCUGACCCCGAGGGUCACACCCUGUCCCCGCAGCGGCCCCAAGCGCCCCAAGGCGCUGGACGAGGCUGACCUGGAGGCUCCGGGGGACGAGGUGUUCUACCCCGGGCCGGGCCGGUCCCCCGCCCCCGGCAGCAGCCAGGGCCCCUGGGGGGGCGACGUUGACACCGGUGGGUGACACACG